UAGUUUACAGCAGUAACAUCAAUAAUUUAUAUAUUUUUGCAAUGACAUAAAUUAUUUGGAGUGAGAGAUGUGCAAUUCUGCAAUCUAAUAAGAAUCCAAUCGUUAAAUCCAUUUUUAAAUGGAGGAGAAUAACUUGAUUUAUGGUUUGGAAUUGCAGGCUCGAGCUCUAACACCACAAAACGGUGAAAGCAAUGAUGUUUGCUUCUUUAUAGCCACAAAUUCGUUGAAGCCCACCAAUCAGUUGCACCUGUUGCAAUAUGACGAGGAGCAGGGCACCAUACAGUCAAAAAUCUUUGAACAUGCACUGGGUGAAGUUUGGAAACUGAAUAGCUGCCCACACGAUGCACAUUUGCUGGCAUCCGUGUACAACGUGCAAAAGGGUGCUCAGGUGCUAACGCAGGCCGCACUCUUAACUUUACCGACUAAUGAUUCAAGGGAUUCAAACAAUGCCGAACCCAUCAAGAGUGAAUAUAUACCAUGGGCCAAGAUUGAGGUGCUGGAGACUGCCGAGUUGGGUGAACGUGUAAAGACUGUUGAAUUUCAUCCGAGCCAAGAGCAAACCUUGGCCUGUGUGGUGGGCAAUAAAUUGGCUGUUAUGCAGCGCGCAGAAGCUUCCACUCGCGUAGUAGCCGAAGUCAGCAGCGGUACCAGCGGUACCAGCGGUACAAAGCAUUUGUCACCAUUUACCAGUGGCAAAUGGUCGCAUCAUCAUCAGGGACAUCAGUUUUUGGCCUUGCAUGAUACUAGCAUUCGGGCAUACGAUGUGCGGGACACUCAACAUUGCGCUUGGAGCAUAGAGGAUGCACAUGGGCAGUUCGUGCGCGACUUGGACUGUAAUCCGAAUAAACAAUGUCAUCUAGUGACAGGUGGUGAUGAUGGAUGUCUUAAAGUGUGGGACUGUCGCAUGGUCAAAGGCCCAGUUUUUGAACGCAGCGAUCACUCGCACUGGGUGUGGUCGGUACGGUUCAACACAUUCCAUGAUCAGUUAAUACUAUCCAGUUCAAGUGAUUGUAAGGUCCUCCUGACUUGUGCAGGGUCAGUUAGCUCAGAGGCUCCAGGCACUGAUGGUGGUGAUGCAAUUGCAACGGGCGGCUUGCAGGAAAGGCAUAAAGUGCUAUCAGAUGGCUUAUUGCAGACUUUCGAUCAGCAUGAGGACUCUGUGUACUGUGCAGAAUGGAGUAAUGUAGAUCCUUGGAUUUUUGCAUCGUUAAGUUAUGACGGACGCGUUAUAAUCUCAAAGGUACCGAAACAAUAUAAGUACCAAAUUAUUAUGUAACCUAUUGCAUAUACAGAAUAUUCCACUAGUAUGUAUAAUAAAUAUUGUU